AUGGCUGAAGAAACUAUUUCACUUUCACCUUUAAGUGAUCAAAAUAAUGAAAGAGAAGUUAAUAAUCUAACUGAACCUUCUGAUAAACUAUUAAACAAAUGUUCUAAAAAUCAUGAAACAGGAAAUAUGUUACUUGAUAAUGGAAAAACUGAUACUGAAUGUGUAGUUAAAAUAACAAAUGAAAAGUUGUAUAGACGGCUUUAUCUAAGUGAAAAUUCAACAAGCAAUCUCAUUUCACAUCUUGCAAGAAUUCAUCAAAUUACCAAAAAUACAAAAAUAGAAGGAAAUCUUGUUCAAACUACUAUUACCAAUACAGUAAAAACACAUAAAGAAGUUAAGCAAAAAGAGUUAAGGCAAUCACUUGUUGAUUGA